AUGACGACCCAGUUGCUCCUGCAGCUGCGCCGAACCUUUUUCACUGGAGGAGCACCUGCAGGAGCUUGUCCUCGAGAAUGUCUGUUAACAGUGGUACCACCGAAGGAGCGUGGGGUGCAAACUGAAAAGGAACAAAACUACGAAAUCUUUGAACACGAAGCAUCUGGAAUUCAAGAGCGCAAACGUGGAUUCCUGUCGUACCUCCGCGCUCACUCGUGGUUCAUAGAUGGCGACCACGCCAGAAGCUUGGGAAGCGACUGUGCUUGUCUUCUCAUUCUCACUCCUCUGACUAUUGGAGGAACUGUGCUCUGUAUCAGGAGCAUCAACGAACGCCUUCGUGUCGCUGAUGAGGAUGGCGACUUCGAAAAAGCACACGAUAACCAGCCUUCGGUGGUGGCUGUACCUGGACGAUAUCUAUGGAUGAUCACUGGCUCGUUGGAAAGCUCCUUCGUAUGGAUUGGCUACAUGCCUCAUCUUCUCUGUCCAGCUGGUCGAUCACGUAUAGAAUCUGGCAAGCGUAACAAUUACUGUGUGACAGUUGCCCUGCCCCUGACAAUGUUUGAUGGAAAGCCCUGGACCGCUGUGGCGACUUCUGGAAAAGAGGCCACCUCCGAGGCUAUUGCUCACGGCUGUCAAGAAGCCGACCACUAUGCAGAAGACGGGAAGGAUUCAGUCGGCCGUGGAGCAAAUUGA